AUGAUAUACCUAAGUGUUGGUCUAUACUUUAAUGCACCUGUGUUCACGCAUGGCCAGCUUUAUGUAGCAGUGUCGCGUGUGACCUCAAAAAAGGCUUUGAAAAUCCUGAUUGAACAUGAAGAUGGUACUACUGAUUCUCAGACCAGGAACACUGUGUUUCAUGGCAAGCACCAUUUUGUUGGUUCCUGCCUUGCCAAUGUCUACAGCAAUGUGUGCGGCCUUUGUCUCAUCUGUGGCAUUACCGUGGGGCGUGGGGCGACUCAUAAUGGGCCUAUCAAGCAUACUGACCUUGUGAUGAUAGAUAAAGAGGUUGAUGUCAGUGCCAUUCAGAUAAAUAUAUUUUUAGCCCUUUGA